AGAGAGAGGAGCCAUAAUAGAGAGAGAGAGAGAGUGUCUUUAACUUCUCUCAUGUGAACAGUGUCUUUGCAGAAGCAAUGCAGACCUUUUGUUGUUUCCUCCUCCUGCUAUCAUGCGCACCUUCCCCUCUAUCCUACGCCUCCUCCUCCGCACCCAAUCUCGGCCGUCGUCACCCCUCCGACGACGCAGGCUCUCUACUCACUCCCGCUUCACCCAUAAGUCCUCCCUUCUUCCCUCUCGAAUCCUCCUCUCCUCCUCUUCCUCCGCCGCCGUCUCCGCCCACCUACGCCGCCUACCCUACUUUUCCGGCCAACAUCUCCGCCCUCGUCCUCCCUCGCUCUCCCAAACCGCAUUCCACUUCCCCUGCUCUUCUCGUCCCCGCUAUCUCCGCCGUCCUCGUCGUCGCUACUGUUCUCGGCGUUGGUUUGUUCCUCUACGGGAGGUGGAGAGGGCAAAACCGUCAUUUCAAAGACACUAACACUAGUUCUAGUAGUGUUAGUGUUACUAGUCAUAGCCAUGGGUAUGAUGAAGAACAGAGACACGUCAUCACUACCAACAACUUCUCUGUUUCCGCUUCUUCUCCAACCUCUGAGGUUUUAUACCUCAGAGGAGAAGAACCUGACCGUGUUGUAACGAGUUUCGUCAAGCCUGAGUCUCCGGAGAUACGUCCUCUCCCACCUUUGCCACGUAGCUUCCAACCUAGCUACGAACCUGAUGAUAUUAUUAUUCACUCUGAGAGAAACAACGAAGAAGAAGAAGAAGAAGAAGAAGAAGAAGAGUUCUUCUCUCCUCUUGCUUCUUUAGCUAACUCCGCGAACUCGAGUCCAUCUCGCUCCUGUUCGACCUCUUCUGGUUGGGUUUCUCCGGCAAGAUCCUUCUCCAUGACUAUGUCUCCCGUUCAGGAGCAGAGAUUCUCAGACGUCUCUUUCGAACAGAGUCUUCAGUCUCUGUCCCCGGAGAGAUUAAGAGUGAGGAAUAAUAACGGACACGUGUCGUCUUCUUUGAGAAUGUUUAGCUUCUUUAAUCAGAAUCUGAGCUUUCCUCGUAUCUCAUCUGCUUCUACUUCACCGGAGAGAGGAGGGGGUUUUGUGCGGACGCCGCUCUCUUCUCUCUACUCGUCUGUUUCGAACUCUCCUGAUGGGUUGUUUAGGAAGUUUGUAAACAGUUCGCCGCCGAUUUGGAAUGACUUUAGUCGGAAUGUGAAGUCGGUUUUGCUGUCUUCUGAGUCGGUUUCGUCGAGAAGAGACUUUGUUAUCAACAUCGGUGGUCAAGCGGCUCCUCCGCCGACGAGACCACCUCCUCUUGUCCCACCUUCACAGUCUUUUGUGGUUCAGAAUGAUGGAAGAAAGCCAUCUUUUUCGGACAAACUCGGACGAGGUUCUUGUCAGAACACGGCUUGGGAUUGUCUUAAAACGAACUCAUUCAAAUUGAACAAAGAGAUUGUAGAGACUUUGUUCAUCUCAAACUCGUCAAGUCCAAACAUAAGCCAGAGAGGUCUGACCUAUGAGCUUCCCACUCAAAAUGAUGUUUUGUACCAGAACAUUGCUACUUUGCUUCAACUACUUAACUUGACCACAAAGGAUGUUUGUAAAGCUCUUCUUGAAGGUGACUCUGAUACACUUGGAGCUGAGCUUCUUAAUUGUCUAUCAAGAUUGGCGCCUAGUAAAGAAGAAGAGAGGAAGCUGAGGAGCUCUAGUGAUGAUUCUGUGUUUAUCAAGCUUGGUCCAGCUGAGAGGUUUCUUAAGGAGUUGCUUCAUGUGCCGUUCGUGUUCAAACGUGUUGAUGCAUUGCUCUCUGUGGCUAACUUUAACUCCGAGGUUGAAUACCUCAGACGAUCAUUUGGUGUUGUACAGGCUGCUUGUGAUGAGCUAAGGAAUAACAAAACGUUCUCGAGACUUCUUGAGGCUAUACUCAAGACAGGAAAUAAGAUGAGUGUUGGAACAAACAUCUACGGUGAUCCUCAUGCUUUUAACUUUGACACGCUUCUCAAGCUCGCUGAGGUCAAGGGACUAGAUGGGAGAAGCAGCGUCUUGCAUUUCGCUGUUCAAGAAUUGAUAAAGUCAGAAGGCUCUGUGAAAGCUUUAGACCGGAUCAGAAACCUGAGCUCAGAGAUGGAGACAGUGAAGAAAUCUGCUGAGAUUGAGUAUGGUGUUCUAAGCAGCGGUGUUUUGAAGCUUUGUCAAGGGAUCAAGAACAUCAAGGAGCUUCUGAUACUGAGCGAAGAGAGUGGAUCUUGUGGAGAACAGUGGCUGAAGUUUGAGGCUAAGAUGGCUCAGUUCUUGGAAACUGCUGCAGACGAGAUUCUGAAGAUCAAAACACAAGAGAGUUCAAUGCUGUCUGCAUUGGAAGAAGUCACAGAGUUAUUCCAUGGAGGUUCGUCCAAGGAAGGUCACACAUUGAGAGUUUUCAUGGCUGUGAGAGACUUCCUGUCUACUCUAGACGAAGUAUGUAACGAAAUGGGAGACAGAUUCUCAGCCUAAGAUUUAAAUUGUAGUUGAAGUAGAUCAACAAGCUAGUUUAUUAGGAAGCCUUCAGUUUUCUGUUAUCUCUAGAAUGAGAUACCUGUAAACUUGUGAACCUGAGCUGUUUAGCUUGAAGUGAGCAUUAGAUGUAUGGAUUUUUAAGACAGUUCUUGUACUUUCUCAGCUUGAAGUAAGCUUAAGAUGUAUGCUUUUAAAGACAUUUCUUGUACUCUAUCAACUUGAAAACCUUUUCUCCCA